UAUGGACUGCAUCAUCUCUCACAAAUCCUGAAAUUUUCCUUUAAUUUCUUCAUUUUCAUCUUGCCCAUUUUCAGUUUUUUUCUUUCUAUCGAUGGCUGAACAAAUCCCAUUCAGCAUUGCAGAAAACUUACUAACAAAGUUGGCCUCAAUUGCUUCUGAAGAAGUUAGUUUGGUGCAUGGCUUCAAAAAGGAUCUUAGGAAGCUUCAAACUACUCUCUCCACCAUCAAAGCAAUACUUGUGGAUGCUGAGGAGAAGCAAGAGGAGAGCCUUGCAGUGAAGAACUGGGUAAGGAGGCUUAGAGAGGUUGUCUAUGAUGCAGAUGACUUGUUCGAUGAUGUUGCAACUGAAGGUUUGAGAAGGAAGGUUGAAGGUGAGGGAAGAAUGGUUAGGAAGGUAUGCGACUUCUUUUCUUCCUCAAAUCAAAUUGCAUUUCGUUUCAAGAUGGGUCAUAGAAUUAAAGAUAUUAGAGAGAGGUUAGAUGAAGUGGCCAAAGAAAUGUCCGACUUUGGCUUUAUAAUUAGGAAGGAAGUUGGAGUAACUAUGGGAAUAAAGAAUAGUUGGAGGGAGACGGACUCCUUUGUAUUGAAAUCAGAAAUUAUAGGAAGAGAUGAUGAUAAGGAGAGGAUCAUAGAAUCAUUGAUGUGUCCAGUCAAUCAAACCAAUAUUUCUGUAGUUGUGAUUGUUGGGUUUGGUGGCUUAGGAAAGACUGCACUUGCCCAAUUAGUGUUUAAUGAUGAGAAAGUGGUAAAUUAUUUUGAUUUGAAGCUAUGGGUAUGUGUCUCUGAGGAGUCAAAUGUUGAAACACUAGUUAAACUCAUCCUUAAAAGUGCAAGCAAUAAUGAAGUGCCCAACUUGUCUUUGGAACAGUUACAGAUUCGCCUUAGACAAUGUUUAGAAGGCAAAAAGUACUUGUUGGUGUUGGAUGAUGUGUGGAAUGUAAACAAUAGGAUUUGGAGUCACUUGAGGAAAUAUUUGAUGGUUGGUGCCAUUGGGAGUAGAAUUUUAGUAACUAGUCGUAGUAAGAGGGUUGCUUUAGCUAUGGGUGUAGACUCUCCAUAUGCUUUACAGGGUCUUACUGAAGAUCAAUCAUGGGAGCUAUUUGAGAAGCUAACAUUUAGAGAGGGAACAGGAAGAGUGAAUUCAAAUCUAAUAGAAAUUGGAAAAGAAAUGGCAAAGAAAUGCAAAGGAGUUCCACUUGCAAUUAAAGCUUUAGGAGGCAUAAUGCAACUAAGAAGUAGUGAAAGUGAAUGGUUGUCUGUCCUAGAAAAUGAGUUGUGGAAGGUCUUCGAGAGUGAUGGUGAUAUUAGUCAAGUGUUGAAAUUGAGUUAUGAUGUCUUACCGUACCAUUUAAAGCAGUGUUUUGCAUACUGCGCAAUGUUUCCAAAAGAUUAUCAUUUUGGUAAGGAUAGAUUAAUUCAGUUGUGGAUGGCACAAGGCUAUGUUCAGUCUCAGGGUCAAAGUGAAAAUGAAAAUGCAGAGGAGAUUGGGGAAGGAUACUUCAAUGAAUUGUUAUUUAGGUCAUUUUUCCAAAAGGAUGAGUAUUGUUAUAAAAUGCAUGACCUUAUCCAUGACCUUGCACAGUCAAUAGCAGGGGAUAGUUGUUUUGCAGUUGGUGAUAAUACUAAACAUAUUCCUGAUAGAGUCCAACAUGUGUUCUCUGAAAAUUUGUCUUUUGAGGAAUGCUUCAGGCAGCUAACAAAUAAAGGACUGAGGACACUGUAUUAUCCAUAUUUUGGUGAUGGAUUGAGCUUGAAUUUAGAUAAUAUUUUUUUAAAUUGUAGGAGCAUACGUGCUUUGAGAUUUGAAAGUGAUAUCAAUGGAUUGCCAGAUUCAAUUGGAAAGUUGAAACACCUGAGGUACCUUGAAUUGUUUAGAAAUACUAAAAUCAGUUCACUUCCAAACUGCAUUUGCAGCUUGUAUAAUUUGCAAACUCUAAUACUCUGGGAAUGUCGGGUUCUUAAAGAAUUACCUACAGACAUGAGGAAAUUGAUUUGUCUCGGACAACUUAUUAAUAAGGGUUGUAGUAGCCUUGAAUUCAUGCCAUUGGGGUUGGGGAGAUUGACAAAUCUGCAGACUUUGUCAACUUUUGUUGUGGGAAGUGAUCAAGGAAGGAGAUGUUCCUCAUUGAAUGAGUUGAAUAGCUUAAACCGGCUACGAGGUGAAAUCUCCAUUAAAGGACUAGAAAAUGUGAAAAAUGCAGCUUUGGAGUCCAGCCGAGUAAAUCUCAAGGAAAAGAAAUACCUUCUCUGCUUAAGAUUAAGGUGGGUUGGCAAGGGAGAUAGCAAUAGUGGGAAUAGUGAGUUGUUGUUGGAUAACCUACACCCUCACCCGAACUUGAAAGAAUUGAAUGUUGUGUGCUAUAAAGGUGUGAGGUUUUCAAAUUGGCUUUCUUCUAUCAGAAAUCUCGUCAAUAUUACUUUAUAUAAAUGUCCAAAAUGUGAGCAUUUGCCGCCAUUGGACAAUCUUCCUUAUCUGGAAAUUCUCAAUCUUAGCUAUUUCGAUUCUCUGGAGUACAUAUCAGAUGAAGAUAAUUUAUUCUCUUCUUUAUCUGCAUCAACAAUAACAUUCUUUCCAUCUCUAAAGAUUCUUAAACUCGAAGUUUGCCCUAAUUUGAAAGGGUGGUGGAGAACAUGUAUGGAAGCAAAGAUGGUGCCUCAAUUUCCUUGUCUUUCUAAAUUAACCAUCGCGAAUUGCCGUAACCUGACUGUGAUGCCAACGUUUCCAUCACUAGACAUGGAGCUUCAUCUUGCCUAUGCCCACAUAAGACCAUUGCAUUAUACAUUGCAGAUGUCUGCAACGGCUUCUGGAGUACCAUCAACCUCUUCUUUAGUUACUUCUCCUUUUUCCAAAUUAAAGACUUUGUGGUUACAGGGUUUUGAGAAUCUAGCAUCUCUACCUGGAGAGUGGAUGCAGAACCUCAGCUUCCUUGAGGAACUAUUUCUUAGCAACUGCAUGGAAAUUAGUGAUGAGGAUGAGCGUGGCAUAUUCAAAUGGAGAUAUCUUGUUAGUCUCCGAGAUCUCUCUCUCUAUAAUCUUUCAAAUCUGGUGUCUCUACCAAGGGAGCUUCAAUAUGUUACCACCUUGCAACGUCUCACUAUCUACGACUGUUCUAAUUUGAGGGCUUUGCCUGACUGGAUAGGCAACCUCACAGCACUCGAAAAUCUACAUAUCGAUGGCUGCCCUAAACUGGAAUCGGUACCAAGAGGAAUGCAUCAAAUAACUACUUUACAACAAUUUAGUGUUCGCCGUUGCGCCCAUUUGUCUGAAAGAUGCGGACACGAUACGGCUGCAGAUUGGCCCAACAUUUCUCACAUCCCAAAUAUCCGCAUAAAUGGAAAUGAUAUUCAAAAGGAGGGCCGGUAUUUACUGUAAGAAGAAGGAUCCUCUGCUUUCACAGAGAUGCUGUAAUAUAUGUUGCUCUUAUAUACCGCCAACCUUUUUCAAAUUUUAGAAUGGCUCUUAUGAUGACAGCAAUGGGAAUUUGCAUUCUCUAUCUAAAAGUCAAUUGCUCUGCAACUUACGUUGCAUCGUCGCUACUCCUUUGAGAAUGGAGAAGCAAGCCACUCAAAGCAAGGUCUAGGAUCAGAGCAGCAGAUCCUGGAGCCUCAAGGACUGGUAUCUUUCAAGAGUCAACAAGUGUGGUUCUGUGAUAUAAGCAGGGUUGGAAGGAUUUUAAUACCUGGUAUAUUUGCAAUCAUUGUUCUAUCCUGAUAGUGAAUUUUCUGAAUUUAAUUGCAAUAUGUUCAUGUGUUAAUCCUUGCAGGCUACCAAGCAUGCAAUUGAUUUUAAGCAAAGAUAGUGGAAGCCAUGAAUUCCCAGAUUCUUUGAGAACAAGAUGGAUGCCAAAUGUCUUAAAGAAGGAGCAGAGGGGAUAUGAAUUCACUGGAUCUUCUUUCAGAUAGGCAGCUUUUGGCUCAGCCGUGAAGGAUUGCUCUGAAUUGGAAGCUGUAAUACUUUGAUGUCUUUACCUCUGAUUUGGAGAAUCAGUGGUGAGUAACAUCAAUCAAAGUGGGAGUAGUCUAGUUUACAUUGUUAAGGAAGUGAAUUUCCUGGUCCUUUUAUAAAAUUUUUCAAGUCUUCUCCUUCCAGGAAUUAUUCGGAGCACUUUUGGGCUAGAAUGGCAAAUGAUUGUCUCUGAAUUCUUACAAUUUCAUCACUUGCUGCUCUUGCUGAAGUUACACAUACACAACAUCAUGAAAAAUGGAUCAGAGGGUUCAAUUAUGAGGGAAUUUCGUUGAGAAGUGGAUUAAUUGUAAAUACUGCAAAAAGCCGACAUUUUAAUUAAUUCAGCAACUUGUUCAUUUGCUA